AUGCAGAAAAUGCUCCCUGAUGGCGGCAAAAUCGAGGUAUCAGCUGUGAAAGAUCUGAGGGUCAACUUUUGGCGAGUACGUCUGGAUCUAGACCAAGCUGAAAGUGUGAGGACGAUGCCAAAUGUUGCGUCUGUCUACCGUCCUUGUGAAUCAGAUUGCUCCGACCCAACGUUGCAGGAUUCGAAGAUAUCAUGGCGAUACCAGAAUCAGUAUCUCGAUGAACAACUUGAUUUGGAGGAUCACCAAGCGCAGAUGUCAUACAUCUCAGCUAACGGGGGAUCUCAAGACGAGCGAUACAAUGGACGUUACUAUUUCGACGUCAGUGCUGGAGAAGACGUCCCAGUGUACAUCGUGGACACUGGAGCAACGAUGGAUCACAUUGAGUUCAAUCUCCGGAACAAGAUAGCCUCCAAAACCGAGUUCAUUUUCGUCGGCGAGGAUUUUGAUGGUCAGCAGCACCGAGACGAUUCCAAUAUACCAAAGGGCGGCAGAUGUCCUCCAGUUGGCAAGUGUAAACCGCAUGGCACUUCCAUGUUGAGCAUUGUUGCCGGCGCAAAUAUAGGGAUUGCGAAGAAGGCAAAACCGAUUAUGGUUCGUGUCCCGCGCCGUGAAAAGCAGGGCGGUGGAGCAACACCCGAAGAUUGGAUAGAUGCCAUGUCUGCGGUUGCUGGUGUAUUCGCUGACAAAACUACAACGACAAGAGCCAUUCUUUGCAUGGCACAGGGCCACAGGUUUGAUGAUUUCAAGAGUGACUGGGAGAAGACAAACAAGAAGGAAGGGCAGGACAACGAGAAGCUAAUAUCAGAAGCGUGGAUUAUAUUUAGGAAGUCCAUGCAUGGUAUUCUGACUGGUCUCAUUGAAAAAGGUAUUUUUGUAGUUACCGGUGCAGGAAACGGCGCAGCUAGCCACUACAAGUUCUCCCAGGGGACCUCGGAUGCAACUGCGUACACAGCCGGACUUGCAGCCUACUUCCUCAAAUUGCAUCAGCUUGGACGCCUAGGUCCUGACAAGAAGGGGAACCAGCCUGAUAUGAGUCCAGCUGGGUUGAAGAGCUACAUCAUUAACAACGGCUGGGUGCGACAAAACAAGGACAACACCGGAGUCUUGGGAAUCUGGAACGGCGCGACUAUUGAGAGUCUGGAGCGCGAAGGCUUUUUUCCCUACAUUGCAGGCACCACCAACAUAUUCCGACUUCGGCGACAAGAAGGCGCGGCCUUGACUGGUCAAUGUAUUUCUGGCACUUCUCCAACAGCUUCUGCAGGCUCAACGCGCAAUCCAUCAGCAACAGCAACACCCACAGGCAGCGGCACAGUGGCACCCACUGUCAUUCCAACGACAUUCGUCUGCACCGAGGAGACUGCUGACAAGUGCGCUCCCGGCGUCGUUUGUAGUAAGCCUAAGGUGAACGGCUGCGUCGAUGGCAAGUGCGUCUGUGUUCUUCCCAAUCUGCCAGCACCCACCAGUUUUGUCUGCACCGAGAGGACAGUCGACAAGUGUUCCCCUGGAGUCGUCUGCAGUGCACCUCAGAUUAACGGUUGCGUCGACGGGAAGUGUGUCUGCGUCUUACCCGACCUGCCUUCCAAGACUACGGCUGUGCAGACCACUCUAUCUACUGUCACGUCAAAAUCGCCCGAUCCCGUGCCGACUACCACAGAGACGCUGAAGACGCCAGUUGCGCUUGGCGAGCGCAAGUGCCACGACGCGAGCAUCUACACCGGUCAGUUUGACAUACAAGAACACUCAGUAUUUCUUGCUGCAAAGAGUGCCUGUUCGACAUGUGUUUUAGGUAAAGCGUCGAUGUCCGCAGAUUCACUGACCAGAAAUGGAUAUCCUACCAAGGGUGGUAUUAGGUAUGAGAUGGAGAUUAGCUGGAGAUCAGAUUGCGUAUCAACCGUCAAGACUAUCGAUUGUGGAGACCCUUUAGGCGAGAAGCCCAAGGUUCACACAACCCCCUGUGAGAACUUGUUUGUGGAGAACUGGAAGAGCUGUACGGGCGAUGAGGGCCGGGGUGGGUACAUUGACGUUGGGUGCUUGCGAUAUAACUUUACGCCAAUGUAA